AUGGAAGGGGGCUGGAACAGGAGCGGAGCGGACGCCAAGAUAGCCAUCAUUGGGGCUGGAACCUCCGGCAUUACUGCAGCUAACCACCUCAAGACUUCUGGCUACAACGAUGUUGUUCUGCUGGAAGCGAACUCAAGGCUGGGAGGACGCGUCAUGAGCACCUUCACUUGCCCUGACACGGGAGUCAAGGAGUUUGCCAGCGUUCCAUUGGAACUUGGCCCUGAGUUCAUUCAUGGCGAUCAGAACAACUUGUUGCUUGACUAUAUCAAGAAGCACUACCCAAGUGUCCCGCUCCUGCAAGCAGCUUGGCCCAAUUACUUUUAUUUCGGCAAGGAGGGGAAGCUGGUGGGGGAGAAGGAGGCCGAGCAGGACAAGGAGCUGAUGAAGAUGAUCGACACGUUCGAGAUGACCGGAGAUCUCGACGCUGAUCUCAUCCCCGAAGAAACUCUCCUGCAGGUGAAAGUUGGGCAGGGAGGAGGUGGUGGUUAUGGUAGUGGAGAAAACAUGGCAAAGGGGCUUGACAUUCGUCUCAACUGGGAGGUCGCUGAGAUCAACUACGAGCAAAGCAAGAUCAAGUUCACUCCUCCACUUCCCGCGCUCAAAGCAGAAGCGACGAAGCUGGUGAAGAUGGGCAACGCCAUGAAGGUGAUUCUCCGCGUCAAGACUCAGUUCUGGCCGGAUGAUCUAUGGGACGUUGUCUGCUCUGAUUCCCUCAUCCCCGAGUUCUGGUUGACUCCGCCAGCUCAAGCUCUCAAGCGAGCCAAGAUGCCGGAAUAUUACAUAGUUGGUUUCGUCUCGGGAGAUCGCGCGAGCAGGUUGGCUAAGUUGCCGCACGCGGAGAUCGCAAGGAAGAUGAUGCUCCAGCUCGAUGCCAUCUUCGGCUCCUCUUCUGAUCCCAACCCGGCGACGAGGGCGUGCACGGGAUUCCUUGUCAAGGACUGGGCUCAGGAGCGGCUUGCUCGCGGGGCUUACACCUUUCCUUCCCCCGACGCUCUCGGCAAACGAGAGGCACUCGCUUCUCCUAUUGACUCUCGCAUCUUCUUCUCGGGAGAAGCGACGCAGACGGGAGUAAAUCCUUGCCUGCAGGCUGCCAUGGAAACGGGUCAACGAGCAGCCAAAGAGGCCAUGGACAGUCUCAAUGCGCAGAAGCAGAGUGAGAAGCGCCUUCUUCCUGUCGACUCAGUCCAGCUGACCCCCACCUGCCCCGCAGAGUCAAGGCUAUGA